UCCCAUCUCUCUGUCUUCUCUCGUCUCUCUCUCAUUUAUCCCAUUUCUAUUUGUGCUGACAACCGCCAUUUCUAUGAUUUAAAGGCCUUCCUCAUCAGGUACUUGAACCUGUAUCUUUCUAUGCACGGACAGUUCUAUUGCCAUUAUUUUCCCCCCUUUUUUAAUUGAUUGCAUGAAGGAGCCAGAUUUGCAUUUUAACUAAUGGCGGAAGGUGUUUAUUGGUAAUACAAUCUGAUUCGAGGAGCAUUUUAUUGAAAGUGAUUUUCUGGGCAUUUGUUUUUCUAAUUUUCAAAAUAAUGACAGAAGCUGACCGUGAAAUAAUAAAGCCUGAGAUGCUAAGGGCUCAUGUGUGGCUUCAAACUUCUGAUGGUUCAAUACUACAAGUGGAACAAGAGGUUGCCAUAUUUUGUCCCUUCAUAUGUCAUGAAAUACAAUCAGGCACAGGAUCUUUGAAGUGUUAUCCCAUCUCCCUUCCUUCACGGGUCAAUCCUCUUAUGUUGAGCUUGAUUCUUGACUACUGCCGGUUUCAUCAAGUACCAGGGCACUCUAACAAGGAGAGGAAAUCCUUUGAUGAGAGGUUUGCUCGAAUGGAUACUAAACGGCUUUGUGAGCUGACUUCUGCUGCUGACAGUCUUGAACUGAAGCCAUUGGUAGAUCUCACCAGUCGUGCACUUGCACGGGUGAUUGAGGGCAAGACUCCUGAAGAGAUUCGAGAGAUAUUUCACCUGCCUGAUGAUCUCACAGAGGAAGAAAAAUUGGAGCCCAUAAAAAACACAAUGGACGAUCCUCGGAUUCGGUUAUUAAAUAGAUUGUAUGCCCGAAAGAGGAAAGAGUUAAAAGAAAGAGAGAGACUAAAGGUGAUACAUUAUUACUUAAUGUACUUCGUUAUUAACCUCCAGUGUUUCUUAAGGUUUUUAUGUGAUGAGUGUAAAUUGGUUCCACCUCCAUCACAUACAGCUAGUGAUGUUGGAAAUCAAAAAUCAAAACAAUACUUGAGAGAUAGGGGUGUCACUGUAAUACUGAGUUACUCCAGGGAUGUUGGUAUUUGUAACUAUACUUGUGAAGUUGAAAUUUCUGAUCUUUUCUUCUAUGGAAUAGACUUUUUGGUUGGUGGGAUUAGUAAUGUACGGUUAUUUGGAAAUAGUUAUGAUUCAAAGAAUAUACUUGUGCUAAAUUUAGUAGAUAGAAUCAAUUUUUUAGGUUUUAAUUGUUAUUAUGGAUUUUAUGGUACUGGUCAUCUACUUAAACUGCUACAUCUUGCAUCUGCUUUGCUCGUUUGUGGAGACUUAAAUACACAUGGAUUUGUGUUUGCAGAUUCUAAGGGGACUACAACUUCUAAAAAUAAAAAGAAGAACCGCAGGAGGAAAGACCAUCAGAAGACUGCUCCUUUGAAUUGCUCUAGUUGUUCAAAUGGCACCUUUUUGAGCAAUUCUGUAGAUGUAAGUAAGAAGGAAUCAAAUAAGAUGGAUUCUGUAUGCAACAACCGUAUGGUUCGUGGCAAUAUUCUGCCUAAUCUUGGUAACACAACAGAGUUGCUGGACACUGGAAAUGCCAGAUUUACACCUGAAGAGGAGUUUGAUGAUUGUGAUUUAGAUGAUGAUAUUGACCCUGCUUUGAAAGAAGAAAUUGAUAGGGAAGUUGCAGACUUUGCUAGAAGAUUGAACUCAGAUUGGCCCGAAAGACUGCAAGAAAUUCUCUCUCUGGGUAGUGAGAGAAGUCAAUUACCGUUGAGUAGGAAUGGAAAUGGUACCUAGAGGAGAUUUACAAGUGCCUCUAUUUCUCUCAUGUUCAUUUCUUUGAGUAAUUUUACUCUUUAUCUAGCAAUGAACCAAACGGAAGGAAAGGAUUGAUAUAUUCAACCCCAAAUUCUUUGAAAAUAAGCUUAAUUUGUUGUUGUAUCUGAUUUUGUUUUUUUUUGGUGUUAAGUUCCUAGAUCUGUCCUUUGGAGUUAAGGUAUAUACAUUUUGAAGAGUGUUAUGGUUUUGUCAAAUAAUCCACACUCUGGCUUAUUAGAUACUUGAUAUUCUCAUACUAAGAAUCUUCUUCUACUCUUUUGUGGGAUUGAUCAUUGAAAAUUUUCGUUCUUUGUAUUUUGUCCUCAUGACAGGAGACCAGCAUCAGAAAUGGUCCUGAAUCCACGUCAACUUCAAAGUGGGCUCUGGUCAGAACAAUUUUGGUCACUUCAUGCCCAACUUUUUUGAGACAGAGAUCCAAACGAAAGCUUGUUCUGGGUGGAUAAUUGGAUCCAGCAUCGAGAAGAGUUGGUAACAUACAUUGGUGGAUUUACAUUCAAGACUAACAACGAUUUUGACCGUGUUCUGAGAUACUCAGUUUUGAUGAUAAAAGGUCGAUCUCGUGUACCUUUAGUGAACAAAAUAAAGAAAAGAAUAUUUCAACAUGAGCCAAUUUUGUCGAACACAGUUUUCUCCUUUUUGGUGCCGGGCAGGCUGGUGAUGGGGAUCCCAUAAAUCCCGAGUCAAGAGACUUCAAAUUGUGGAAGGUUUUCUGAUGUAACCAUAGAAUGUUCCAUGCGUUUUUUCCCCCUGUAAUAGUAUCUUUAGUCACAGUUAGGAUCAGAUUUCUUGUUGUGUAGACGUGUUGCAGCUACAAAUUGUAGUAUUGCAAGAAUUUCAAUUUUCUUUGAAUGAGAUUUGGUUCAAAUUUACCAUUUUAUUUUAUUA